AAAAUAUCAGAUAUGUAAGAUGGUACAAGAUUUUUUUGUAGUUUUAUAUAUCAUUAAGGUAGAGAUAAUCCACGAAGCUAAAUCCAUACGAAGAAGUAAAAUCCCCACUAAUUUUACCUCCACGAAUUCUUCAAUACAUAAAAUAAGCGUUUUGGCCAAAACCAAGAAAUUCCAUGCCCAGAAAUUAAGCGAUUUCACUGUAUAACGUUUUUCGUCAUUGCAAAGGGAUACAACUAUAUCCAGGGACAAUCAAAGCCUUUGUAGCAGCUAUGGUUUCUGGUAGUACUUUACAAAAUCAGUUUUUGGUUUUGCUGUGUUAUUUCAUGAUAUUUUCAUAACCUGCGUAAUUACAAAAAAAAAAGAGAGAAAAAAAAAUUCAUUGCUUUGAGUAUUAAAUUAACUACGGCUAAAUAAUAGUAUCUCCUGUCGCUAUCGACAUUUGUAUAUACUCAGACUUUAUGAUAGGUCUCCCAUGCUGGCGUCAUGACGUCAUAAGAACAAUUGACGUCGCUCAUUAGUAACGGCAGAUCAUCGAGGUGAAGCUGACAACACUGAAUUCUUCCAAAUUUUUCAUCAUGAAAUCGUAAUGGAUAACGAAAAUUGCGGAUGUUUUGCGUGGAUUGUAAGCUUUAAGCAAUCAUGCAAUGAACGGUGGGCAAGAUUCAGAAACCGGCUCCGCCGACGAUUUUAUGCUCGGAGGGGUCAGACUAUAGACCCAUCAACAAUUGUAAACGAGACUGGUACCAAGGACAUGGUUCUCAGUAAAACUCCAUUCAAGACAAACAAAGUACUACCAGAAAGCUUAGCUGCUACAAUGACAACUGAAAAGGUAUGUCCAGUAGUUGCUGGAAGUGUGCCUGCUACAGGAAGUAAUGAGGACUUUGAAAAACUAGUCGGGGAGUACACGUCUUGUAUUAUAGCCAAUGCUAGAGAAACUUUGUUGAUGGAAAAGCAGGCGUCGCAUGGCAACAAAAAUGUCAUCGUGGAGAAUUUUGCAGACAACGUUUCCAUGUCAUCAAGUGUCAUCAGUCACAUUGCCGACAUAGCAGUGACAGAAAGCCUUUCCAAUGCUGUAUUAGAAUCAAACAUAAACCAGUCCGCUAUUCAUAGAGACAUCAAAGAAUUUAUGGGUAUCUUUGGAGCUGUUGGUGGAGAAGUUGAGGACCUCCAACCUACUGCCAGAUUAUAAUUGCUGAAAAAGACGGUUUCAGCAGAAAGUUUGGAUGAAGCUGAUUUGUUGCUACAAUUUUGCAUAUAUUUCCAUUGAAUCAUAUUUUAAAGAUGUUUUAUGAAGUUCUGAAUUUUAUUUUUUACAAUAAAGUUCAUAGAAACUU